AUGUCCAGGUCAAGCUCGACGCCUCUGCUGCUCCUGUGCCUGGCUGGGCUUCAGUUCGCCCUCGCCUACGAUGUCUUCGACGGCUACUACCCUGCCCUCUACAAGGUCGACUUCAUCGGGAACGACAUCCCCGUCAACGGCACCAUCGGGAAGUUGUCGAUCUCCAUGUCUGACUGCGCGACCUUAUGUAACGCCACCUCGGAGUGUCGGGGCUUCACCUACCAGAAGAGAGCGAGCACCGAGCUGAGCUCCUGCUUCGUCAAGUCGAUGAUGGUGGGUGUUGGUACCGACACCAGCGCCUUCGUCAACGCCGACCCCUACUCGUACAUCAGGAGGUCCGUUGCCGCCGACGUGUCCGGCUACCCGAAGCACGAAGUAGGAUACGAUUAUCCCGGGAAUGACAUUCAGUCAUCCAUCGCAGUCAAGGAUGCAGCCGCUUGUGGACAGGAAUGCAACAAAGCCACAAACUGUGCGGGGUUCGUCUACUACCCCAUCCCCUUCUCGGGGCAGAUCUACAAUCAGCAAGCAACGGUGGGGGCAGGUACAUGCGCGAUCAAGACGGCGAUGAAGGGGAAGUACCAGUUUCCAGCAGGAUCAGAGAUCCAAGCCUAUCACAAGUCAGCGGCUCCCUCCACUCAGUCUCUCUCUCUCGCCCUCAGCUUCUUGACUAUCUUGUUCCACCUGUCGCUCAGGUCCAGCCCGUGA